GUCUGCGCACGCGUAGCAGGUUGUUCAAAAUUUCAACGGGAGAAAUCCUCGAUCGCUAGACAUCGUCGAGUUUUCCUCCAAAUAGUUCAAAGAAUUUACUUCCAAAACACAUUGGCCCAGGUGGAAAGCACUCAAAAUGGAUGCCAGUACACUGGAUGUCGGUAUGAAUGUGGAUAUACAGCGAAGUGAUGGGAGAGUUCACUCUGCGUGUAUAAGUGGCAUCAGCAAAGCUACAGACAGUGUCACUGUGGAGUGGUUUGAACGAGGAGAAACCAAAGGCAAAGAGGUGGAGAUAUCCCAGGUGUAUGCCUUAAACCCAGAGCUGAGCCCAGAGAUGGUUCAAGAUGUUCCCUUAGCCCACACCAAGCCCCCUGCCCCUGUGUCCAGUAUCAAAGCCAGGCCAAGCAGUGCAAGGAUGCCCCUAGCCAAUGUUCAACAGCAGCAAGCAGCCAAGCCAGCCAGGGAACAAAACAGAGAGGUGUCGUCAGCCAGAGCGGGGCGGCCCAACGCAUUACAUGCUGCAGAGAAUGGCAACGCAAACCAUUCCCCGGCACCAGCAGGACCAGUGCAAAACGCACAGAAACAAUCCGCUGCUGCUGCAGCAGCAGCUAAUCGCAGGCGCAGCAACGUGGUGAAAGAGGUGGACAAAAUCAAGAAGAACCGGGAGGUCAGACGAGCGAAGCAAGCCGAGCAAGUCAUGCAAAGAAUCAACGAGGGAGACGGGAACCAUCCCCAGUGGGAGUUCAUCCGAAUGAUACGGGAAUAUCAAGAAGACUUGGACUUCCGGCCGAUCACAAACAACGAUUGUGUAGACGAUCAUCAAAUCACUGUCUGUGUCAGGAAGAGGCCGCUCAAUAAAAAAGAAAAUAGCAAGCGAGAUGUUGACGUGGUUACGAUACCCUCCAAAGACAUGACGGUUAUUCAUGAACCAAAACUCAAGGUGGACCUGACCAAGUACCUUGAGAACCAGGUAUUCCGGUUCGAUUACAGCUUCGACGAGCACGCAUCCAAUGAGUUAGUUUACAAAUUUACAGCCAAGAAGUUGGUAGAAACGAUAUUCAGCAAGGGUUUUGCUACCUGCUUUGCCUACGGACAGACAGGCAGUGGAAAGACGCAUACAAUGGGAGGUAACUUUAACGGGAAGAACCAAGAUGUGACCAAAGGAAUCUACGCCUUAGCAGCGACCGAUGUAUUCAAGCUCUACCACAAGGCGGAGAAUCGGAAAAAAGAUCUUGUGGUCAGCUGCAGCUUCUUUGAGAUUUAUAGUGGCAAGGUGUUUGAUUUGUUGAAUAAGAAGGCCAAGCUAAGAGUGUUAGAGGACGGUAAGCAGGUUGUCCAAGUGGUGGGUCUAGAAGAGAAGUCAGUCAACUCGGUUGAUGAUGUACUACGACUUAUCACGGUUGGCAACAACGUUAGGACAUCUGGCCAGACGUCAGCCAAUAAUCAUUCAUCGAGAUCGCACGCUGUAUUCCAGAUCAUUCUACGGACAAAGAAAGCCAAUAGACUCUAUGGCAAAUUCUCCCUGAUUGAUCUUGCAGGUAAUGAGAGAGGGAAGGACACGCAGAGCUCCAACCGCCAGACGAGGAUGGAAGGAGCGGAGAUCAACAAGAGCCUCCUGGCCCUCAAGGAGUGCAUCCGCUCCCUCUCCCACAAGGGGGCUCACGUUCCCUUCAGAGCCAGUAAACUCACCCAAGUACUGAGGGAUUCCUUCAUUGGAGACAACACAAAGACUUGCAUGAUUGCCAUGAUAUCACCAGGUAUGAGCUCCUGUGAACACACUCUAAACACGCUACGCUAUGCAGACAGGGUGAAAGAACUGGGUCCAGGCGGCCCUAACGACUCCCCAGGAGGAGGUGACUACCCCGCGGAUCUCAACCUGCCGCCGAGUCCUGAGAAACUCCCUGAGUGUUUGUCCCCGAGUAACAGUGACCUGGCCAUGCUGUGCACUCAUAAUGAAGAGGAGGUGUCCGCUGAGAUGUUUACGUUUCAUGAAGUAAUGAAUCAACUCCAGGAGAUGGAGGAGCAGGUGGUUGACGACCAUCGAGUGUGCCUAGAGGAGACACAGCAACUUGCAGCUGAGGAAGUUCGGCUGAUUCAGAUGACUGACGAAGUGGACUACGAUGUAGAAGACUACGUAGCUAAGCUGGGUGACAUCCUAACCAAGAAGAUCGACAUGAUGGUCGCGCUCAGAGACAAAGUCAACAACUUCCACGGCCAGCUGCAGGCAGAGGAGACAGCCAGCAAGAACAUGAGGCCGCCCGGACCUUGAAGAAUUGAGGGAAGAUAGCUCCUCCCCCUUUUUUGCCCCCCCUCAAUCUGGACGCGAUGCAUCACAAACUGUUCACGUUUUUGUUAAUUUUGUUUUGCUGUCUUUCCGCAAUUUGAAAGAUUUCUUUAUUUGCACUGCCGUUCUACACCUAAAUGCAUUGUUAAAAUUGUUUUCUCAGUAGUUGGGGAAAUAUUUUUUGUGGCGAGUUGGAUGUUUCCCUUUGCCCAGUGAAGUACGAGGCGUAGGACCUUGUUACGUGGAGUUUCCAUCUCACUCAGUUUUUUUCAGCCAAUACUAACAUCGCCACCUUAUGGUGAAGAUUUGCCAUCACAAUUUUUUUAAUCACAAUUUUGACUAAAAAUUGGGACCAUCGCACGUUUGCGUGAGCGCUGCAUUCUUCUCAGUUUGCGGGGUGGGUAAAUUUUGCUUCAAACUAUCAAUUUGUAUUGUGACCAUCUCGCCCAGUUCAUUGACAAGGGGAAACACUUGACAGGGGAAACAACGCAAUGUAAUGAAUGAGGCUUCAAUAAUUUUUGAGGAAGAGGAGGAGCGGUGGAUAAAAAAUAAGGAUGUUGGUUUUAUGCAGGUGAAAAUCAAGUUGGUUGUACAAAGAAAAUCACGGAGUCAUAAAGUUUGGAGCAAAAAUACUGAACUAACCCAAACUCCAUUGCUGCUUCUGCCUGGUGAUUAAGUAAACGGAAGUUAACUUCAGCCUUUGAACCAAAAUUGUUCAGCAUAAAUAAAUGUCCAUGCUGUCAGGCUCCUCUGUCCCCAAGGUUCUUAAAAUAUUGUGUGGUUUGUAUUGAAGUUUCAUGUUACUUCAUAGAGAGCAAAGGUCACGUCGUAGAGGUCAUUUACAAGUUGUAGUCGGUCCCGCGUCGAUGGUAUUGAAAUCUUGACGUGUGAUAAAAAAAAGACAUAGUUUUUAGGCCUCUGCGAUGACUGUAAAACUGUGUCGCGCGUCAAAAUUUCAAUCGCGCGAUCGCCUAUGAACGGCCUUAAGGGUCACCUCGUAGAGGUCACAACAUCCCAAGAGGUCACUUCCUAGGGGUCUAGUCUAGUUUAAGAUGUGUUGUCAAAGUCUAUGUACAGUUUAUCUAUUUAUUAUAUUUUAUACCCGCCAUGUUGUUGAGGGCACACUUUAUGCAACACCAUUGUGUAUUAUGAAGAUGAAGUCUAGGUACAAGACAGUGGGCCUCUGUAACGGUGAGGCCGUCUUUUUCAACCAACGCUGUAUUUAAGUUAUAAUUUGGUUUGUUUCAAUGAUGGUGGGGGUGGGGGGGGGGGGGGGCUUUAGCAGAACUAAGCAGUCCCAAACUGUACAUGUGAAAUAGCAUUGUGGCUGGUAACCUUAAUCUGGUAAGCACAAUGUUGUUCUGCUUAGCUACUUGUUUUGCCGAAGCAGCUCUAUGAGAUUGGGCCCAGAUGACAUGAUUUGUGAGAACUUUGUAAGUUUAAUAUACACGUUAAAAUCAAAAUUAAUGGUCUUGUGAUGUAAAUUACUGAAUUAAGCUUAUCAAAACAAAGCACGCUUAAAAGCAAAAUGUACAGCCUUUAAUUAUAUCACUGUGUAAAUGACUUGAAGUGGUGUUUUUUUUCCCGUUUUUUUUUCCCGCCCUCUAUGUGUGUGUAUAUAAAGCGUGAAUGCAAUCUGAUUUGCAACUGCAGGGUGUUCAGCUGUGAAUGUGUUCAUUAAAGUUUGUAAAUUCAAAAAACUUUUGUACAAAGGCUUCA